CUGAAGGUAAUGUAUGAGCAUGAAUAGAGAGUUGGUGAACAUGCAGGACAUAACAGGAAGUGUUGUUGUGACUGUGAUGAGAGGAGUGCAAAGGAUUCGAAGGUGAAUAUAAAGGUUAAAUUAACUUCAGGGAUGUUUUUAAGGGACUUUCAGGACAGAUGAGACCAUCCAUCCUCUUGACAGCUGACCAGCCAGUCUGGCCACCAAAUAAAUUAAUAGACGGAUUGGUCACGUGGGCAGGCCUCCUGGUGCCUUUACCCCCAUGGGCAAUAUACCAGGAAGGCUGUUAUGGGAAGAUGGUGAAGAUGGGAAACUGCAUCCAUGUUAUGAUGCCCACGUUUACAAACAAGCCCUCCCCACAUGACAACCGCGUACACGGAGAUGAAGUGGAAAACAGCAGGUUUGACGAUACUUCACCUUUCUCAUUCCUCAGACUCCAACCCACUUUGAUUCUGAAAGAUUUGACUGUUGUUUCCGGUCAGUCAGCUUGCCGAAGCAGUCAGAUUUCCGUCAUACUACUCAGAAUAAAAAUGGCAUCAGGAGAUGAGCUUCCAUCCCAUCUCACUGUCGAUACCUCCAACGUUCAAAUUCUUCACUCUGAGACCUCAAAAAGACUUGUCGAAAAUUUUGUAAUCGCUCUCAUGAACAAGGAGCGUUUCUACAUCCGCACAUUCUUUUCGACAUACAAAGCAUAUACCACUGCUGAAAGUGUGUUGUACAUCCUCCUGGACAAAUAUGGAAGCUUUGGCACCUCAGAGGCAGAAGAGAUUCCAGUAAUCGAUUCAGUGAGCACAAACAGCGGAAACAGUGAUAACAUUCCGAGCUGUGAGGAGCUUGCAAAUCCAGUGCCUGCAGAGACAGUUACAGAGAUCAGAAAGUCCAAAACCUUUGACAGCCCAAACUCUGAGAAAGAUGAAGAACCAAGUUCACCAAAAGCGACUGCAGAAAUCUCAAAUUUUGGAAAUGUUGACAGUGCAAAUGGUGAGGAAAAUGGAAGUUGUGGUUCUUCAGGAUCCAGCGAAAUAAUUGCUAAAUAUGGAAGCUUUGACACCUCAGAGGCAGAAGAGAUUCCAGGAAUCGAUUCAGUGAGCACAAACAGCGGGAACAAUGCUAACAUUCCGAGCUGUGAGGAGGUUGAAAAUCCAAUUCCUCCAGAGACAGUUGCUGAGAUCAGAAAGUCCAAAACCUUUGACAGCCCCAACUCUGAUAAAGUUGAAGAACCAAGUUCACCAAAAGCGACUGCAGAAAUUUCAAAUUUUGGAAAUGUUGACAGUGCAAAUGGUGAGGAAAAUGGAAGUUGUGGUUCUUCAGGAUCCAGCGAAAUAAUUGCUAAGUCCAAAACCUUUGACAGCCCCAACUCUGAUAAAGUUGAAGAACCAAGUUCACCAAAAGCGACUGCAGAAAUUUCAAAUUCUGGAAAUGUUGACAGUGCAAAUGGUGAGGAAAAUGGAAGUUGUGGUUCUUCAGGAUCCAGCGAAAUAAUUUCUAAAAAAGAGGAAGGAACAAUCCAGAAUAAUUUUGAUUUGGAGGAGGUCCAACUUCAAAAGGAGCAAGAAGGCGUUUGCAGCAACUGUGAAAGCAUUGAGUCUGAACACUGUCCGAAUUCUGAUGAAAUUCAGAAUUUAAGUUCACCAGAAAAGGGAGCGACAGUCAAGAAAAGCAUAGACUUCAACAGAUCAAGCUUUCUAGAAGAAUAUAAUUUCAGUCCUGCAGAAAAGGAAACACUAAUGAAAAUUGCUAUACCUGAAAUUCUUGAAAUCUGGCUGGAGGAGUCUGCCGAAGACUUUCGUCAAGUUCCAACUUACUCUUGUCUCCGGAAGGUACUUUGCUACUUGAACCAGACAGUGCCGGGGUCAGAUGCUGAACAUCGGGCCCAGAAACUCCUGAGUCGGUUUUUGGCGGAGGAAACAGCCGAGAAAGAGAUGUUCAAAGGCUACCGUAGAAGAGUUAGAUUCUAUAUUGGAGAAGAACACGACCAAACCGUCGAACAAGUUGACGAAAAGCUCCUGUCCUACCCAUCACGCUUCAUUGCAGAGCAGCUGACUUUUAUGGAUGCUGAUCUUUUUCGGAAACUUGUGCCCAGCCAAUGUUUAGGGUCCAUCUGGUCUCAACGAGGGAAGGAAGAAAAACAGCAUCUGGUAUCAACCGUCCAGGCCACCAUUACACAGUUCAAUAAUGUUACAAAAUGUGUCACCAGCACCAUAUUAAGACCUCAACAGCUGAAACCACGGCAGAGGGCUAAAAUCAUUGAGAAAUGGAUUGAUGUUGCCCAGGAAUGUAUGAUUUUGCAGAAUUUCUCGUCAGUGCAUGCAAUUACUACGGCAUUGCAAUUGAAUAGUGUGUUCAAUUUGAAGAAGACUUGGGCAGCCGUGUCAAAGAGCAGUAAGACAACAUUUGAAGACCUUUCAAAUAAUGAAGAAGAUAACUUUAUAGCAAGUAGAGAGCUGCUAAUGGAGGAUAUCGUUCAGGGAAUUGUGCCGUACCUGGGAACUUUCUUAACAGAAUUUUCAGCGCUGGAUUCGGCUUUCCCGAAUUGCCAUUCAAAUGGCUUGAUCAACUUUGACAAGAGACAAAAACUCCUCUGAACUCGAGAAACCGCCAAAGCCCAAAAAGAGUGUGUUUAAACACCUCAGCUGCCUGUUUUCAAAGAGAGGUGUUAAAAUACACAACACUCAAACUAAAAGCUCUGAGCAGUGAGCAUCCCUUCAGAAUGAGGAUUCAGACGACAGCAUUACCGCAGCCAGCAUUUUAUCCGAUUCCAGCCACUUGGAAAUGGAAGAGCCGAGCACUUUGCAAAAAGCGCCGGAAAAGUCAUUAAAAUCCAUGGAUACUGCCUCCUCUGGAGGUUUAUCCAACAGUGGUGCAUCAGCAAAACCAAAUUAUGACACAGCCAAGUCUGGUAGGCGUGCGGGUUUGGGCAGCUGCUGGUGUGCAACACGUCGGAGGGACAACCGCCAGAAUGAGAAAAGCUGCCUCAUCCGAGUCAGAUUAGAGGAGGACAGAGCACAACAAUUCAAAAUGAUUUUGGUGACUAAUCAAGAUCGUGUAUCUGAAGUUCUCAACAAAGCCAUGACCGCGCUCAAAUUUGAACCCGAGCGUCCUCAGGAAUUUGAUCUAGCACAGAUCAUUGAAUCAAAUAAAGUGCUCAUACUUCCGGCCAAUGCCAUCCUGUAUUACGCAAUAGACAAGAAAAUGAAUCACGACUUCAUCCUGAGAUUCACCGAAAGAAGAUCUUCAUGUCUAUGCAAGUUUUAGCUGCAAUGUUCGAGCCUCCUUCCCAAUGUGAAUCAAUGAGCUCUGGUGAGGAAGGGCUUUAGAGAGCUCACCGCCCUGAUUUUUGAGAGGUCGUAUGUAUUUUAUUUCCUUCUCCUCCUGUAAAUCGCUUGGUGCUCGACAUAGGAUUCACUAAUUAGACAUUUACACAUAACCACUUUAAAAUUAAAAUGGUUCAACAUCGAGGCUAUGCCAACAAUACCAGCCACAGAUAGAAGAGAAAGUCAUCUGAGUUCUUUGUCUAAGUUUGUUUCU